UCCGUCAUGACUUUUCGUUUUGUUGCUUUUCUGACGGUCGGCUGCUGCUGUUAAUUGGCUCUAGUUUCGGCCUGAGAAUUUCAGCUGUAUGUGGUGUAAUCUCGGCUGGUGAUAAGCGUAUCGUAUAUAUUUUGUGAGAAACAAGAAGUGACCUUUUAAUUUAAUUUAAUUUCGUCCAAUCAAUUUCGCUCGAAAAAAAAAAGUCUGGUCCGGGCUGUUGGUUUCCACCGGAAGAUAGGGAGAGAUGGGUGCUGACAAGGAUUUUCCGCCGUUGAAAAAUGAUAACCUUCUGCGAGCUGCCCGGGGUGAACCGGUUGAUCGUGUGCCGGUUUGGGUGAUGCGUCAAGCCGGACGGUACUUGCCGGAAUUCCAAGAGGUACGAGCUAAGCACGAUUUCUUCGAGGUCUGUCGAACACCGGAGUUGGCGUGCGAAGUAACGAUGCAGCCGCUGAAGAGGUUCGAUCUGGAUGCGUCAAUUAUCUUCUCGGAUAUCUUAGUCAUACCGCAGGCGUUGGGAAUUACGGUGGAGAUGAAGAAGGGAGUUGGACCGGUUUUGCCGGAGCCUUUGGUUACACCGGAGGAUUUAGAAAGGCUGAACCAGACAGGCACCAUGGAAAGGUUGAAGUACGUUGGGGACGCGAUUACUAUGAUGCGGCAUUUAUUGGAUGGGAAGGUUCCUUUGUUUGGGUUCACCGGAGCACCUUGGACGUUAAUGGGUUAUAUGAUUGAGGGAGGCGGAAGUAAGACGAUGUCGAAGGCGAAGUCUUGGCUGACCGAUUACCCGGAAGCAAGUCAGCAAUUACUGAACAUCCUCACCGAUCAGGUGGUGGACUAUCUGCUUAUGCAGGUCAAAGCCGGUGCCCAAAUGUUGCAAGUGUUUGAAUCCAGUGCCGAAUAUUUAUCGAAAGAGCAAUAUCUGACGGUUUGCCUGCCUUAUCUUCAACGGAUUAGAGACGACCUGCACAGCAAGCUUGCAGCGGAGAACAUUGCCGCCGUGCCGAUGGUAUUAUUUUCCAAAGGAGCAAUGCAUUCCCUUCGUGAGCAAGCGAAAACCGGGUACGAAGUGAUCGGUCUGGACUGGACCAUUGAUCCGGAGGAAGCAAGAAAGCAGGUUGGGCCGGAUGUUACACUGCAAGGUAAUCUAGACCCGCAGCUUAUGUAUAAACCGCCGGCUGAACUCCGACAGCUGGUUCUGGACAUGGUAAAGAAAUUUGGGAAGCAUCGAUAUAUUGCCAAUCUCGGUCACGGUAUAACACCGCAGACGCCGAUCGUAAGUAUGACUGUUUUAGUGAAAGCGGUACAUGAUGCAUUGUAGAAUUCCGUCAGUAACAUUCGUAUCACCUUCGAUUACUUUUGUUAAGUAAUAACAAAGACCACAAUUUAUCUCUUAGAAUAGAAUACAUUACGUACUAUCAUAAAACGAACAAAAAAUAGAGACGGUAAUGGUUGUCAUGUUGAAUUUUGAAUAAAUAAAUGCUGGAAAACAUUUUCAAAAAUGCACAGUUUGCAACUCGUU